CGAGUCACAUGGCCACAGGGAGGAAAAAGGGGGUCCUUUUUGGUGUAAAUCUGGAGUCUAAUUCCGUAAUAUAUCACGGUACCUCGUAAAACCGACACUAAAACGUCCCGGCCUACAAAUCACCCGGCCAGAUUAUGAGUUCAUUGUAUUAUGCGAAUGCUUUAUUUUCUAAAUAUCAGGCCGCAAAUUCGGUUUUCCCCUCCGGAGUCUUUUCCGAGCAAACUUCUUGCGCCUUCACUUCCAACGCGCAGCGCCCCGGCUAUGGCUCCGGCUCGACGGCCUCUUUCGCCGCUUCCAUGCCGGGACUGUACCCCAACGGGGGCGGCAUGCACCCCCAAGGGCCCGGCAUGUACUCCGGCAGCUACGGCCUGGAAGCCGGCUCCUUCAACAUGCACUGUUCCCCCUUCGAGCAAAACCUCUCCGUGAUGUGUCCGGCGGACGGGGCCAAAGGCGGCUGCAACAAAAGCGACCAGCGGGACGCGGAGCUGCGCCAGGAAAGCAACUUGCGGAUCUACCCCUGGAUGCGCAGCACAGGGACUGACAGAAAGCGAGGCCGACAGACCUACACCAGAUACCAGACCCUGGAACUGGAGAAAGAAUUCCACUACAACCGUUACUUGACCAGGAGGCGACGCAUCGAGAUAGCUCAUGCCUUGUGUCUUACAGAGAGACAGAUCAAAAUCUGGUUCCAGAACAGGCGCAUGAAAUGGAAAAAAGAAAACAAACCCGCAGGUCCCGGCUCCAACGGCCAGGAAAAACCAGACGCCGAGGAAGAUGAAGAAGAGUAAAGGGGGGGUGGGAUAGGGGAGGGUGGAAAGAGAGUGCGAGUGAAAGAAAGUGUGAGGCACAGAUAGACUGCACUGUCCAGAACGUUAAAGCAAGGAACGGAUAAUAAAUAAAUGAAUGAAUAAAUAAAUAACGAAUAAAGACUGUACAUGAAACAAGAAACGAAACGAAAUACAUCCAGGCAAACUGAAUGGAUGAUCUCUUCUGUUUCUUGACUCUCGGAAAACUACCUAUAUUAACAUGUCUCACUUUUUUUUUCUUUUGGACAACAAACAUGAAAAUAAAUCUACCUAUUCAAUGUCUCCUUAGAAUCAAAUAUAGAUAAUUUGGUUUUCCUAUGUGGGGUCUUCAUAUCUAGUCAAUGUAUUUGUAAAUGUUCUUGUUGGUUUUUUUUUUUAAGAUUCUUUUGUUGUGUAAUUUUUUUUAAAAAAAGUGGUAUAUGAAGUGAAAAAAAGUGAAUGUGUGUAGCACUUUUCUUUAGGAAACACGAAUUCCAAACCUAUGAAGGUAACACAAUGCAUAAACAUAAAAUGAUGUACAUAAUUCUAUGAGAUUCCUGUAUUUCUCUUCUCCCCUCUCGGUAGAUUUGUGCCUCUAGUCUGAUUACCCGUGCUGUAUUUCACCAUCAUUAUUAUUUUUGCUUGUUUGUUUAUGUUGGUGUAUAUUUUUGACAUGUUCGACAAUGGACCACUUUCUUAAGACAGUCGCUACAGAAAAACCGAAAUUAAUAUUGUGCGGAGUAAACCGAUGUAUAUGAUAGGCAGCAAAUAAUUUAAUAGUUGGCCGAGCCUUUUUAUUUGUAUUUUGUGAUUACUAUGCGUAGAAGGGGAGGGGGGGAAGUUUCAUUAAAAAUAAUCUUACUGAAUAUAA